UGAUAAUUCUGACAGUUACGAAGUCAGCUAGACUCUAGUGACUAAAGAGAUUAGUUGCUUAUUGGACAGGACCAGCUGUAAUACUAGCGCCCUCUGCUUUCUCACUUUAUUGCAAUGAUGUUUCUACAUUUCAAGCCUCCAGUGCAAUAUUAGUUCAUAAACUGUGUGGCACAAGAGAGUGGAAGUGUACUGACUCGUAGCAAGAAAAGCUAUACAUUGAAUUAGAAUGGGAGACACCACAUAUUCCAUUAGUAUCACGUGGAUUUAUAGAAUCUGGCAGUUUCAUGGGAUUGCGCCAAGUAGCUACAACCAACAAGAUUGUCGAUGUUUUGACAAGAAACUGCUACAAAAAUUCACUAAGUAUCUGACUAUAUCAUCAAUAUGGAUAAUAAUCGCAGUUUUUAUGACAAUUUCUGAUUUUUAUGUAGCGAGUCAGCACUUGUAUCUUAGCGCUCCAAGAGUAACUAUUUACACUGACAUGUUGUUGAAACUGAUGACUCAUAUCAGGUGUUUCAGCAUGUCCUUCCACUGUUCAUUCAGUAAACUAUCGCACUUCAGUAGUUUCCUGGCUGCGAUCCAUCAUGCAGACAAACUCCUGGAUCCAAACAUUGUCCACAUGCAGAGGAAUGCAGGAAACUUUAUUUUCGUUGUGGAUAUAAUUAUAGCUGUUAUCUCUGGAGCUUCAUCUCUUUCCACUUUUUCAAAGAGAUUCGGCAGGUUUACCACGCUACAGAUGGCGAUAACGGUCUACGCGAUAUUCUGCGAUUUUUCAAUAACUAUGCAGUUCGUAGAAUCAGUGCUGGAACUUUGGAUUCGGUUAAAAUGUUUGAACGCCAGUCUGGUGAAGACACUGUCCUGUCUAGGAGAGCCCAAUUUGUCGCAGCUGCUUCUUGGCUGGCAGCAGAAAGAGCAACACGUCGACCUGAGUGGCAGGCUUCGCCUGCUGCAACGCGCUCACCUGGUGCUGCAGCGUGCUGCAGAGUUUCUGGAGACACACGUGUCACCAGCGAUGACCUUCCACGUAGUGUACAGCGUCCUCGGCACAAUUUACAGUAGCUACGAAGUGCUCAUAGCAUUGGUGGUGCCAGAACAAGUGGAGAGCAUUCUCGUCACCCCGUCCUUGAGCUUCUCCGCAUGUUGGCUGGUGCGACACGUGUUUGAGCUGGUGGCGCUGACGCUCUCAUGCUCGGCGUUGCAGGACCAGGAGGCACAGGCAACGACUCUGUUACGCAGGGCUGCGGGUCUCACAGGGGAAGAGCCGGAGGUGAAGGCCUUUCUCAGCCAGCUGGAGCGAGGGCCUACCUUGCGGUUCACUGCAUCCGGUCUGCUGCCAAUUGACAGAAGGCUGCUAGUGUCUGCCAUCUCUGCCACCGUUACCUACCUCGUUCUGCUGGGCCAACUCGGACUUACUUCGUCUUCCAGAUGCUGAUUUGUCUGCUGAGGAAUCACGGAAGAGUGUUCUGGCUGCCGAGAACUGCCUCGCCCUGCGUCCUGUGCAGGUUCUGCUUCCGACGCCAAACGUGACGUCGACAACAGGCGGCAUGAAGCGCACCCGCUAUUGUUGCGGCUGCAGCAGCGGCAGUUUCUGCAGGCGACAGGGCGUCACCUAAUUGACGUAUCAGCGGGUUGUUAUCCGUACAAAGCGGUGACAUCUAGUUACAAUUCACUGCUAACGCAAAGCACCGGAAAUACUGCUGUACCUGAAGCUUAUGGUAAAUCUGAGUGGCCACGUAAACUUUUGUACGCACUUUGCUUUGUAUUCGUUUAAGAUAAAAUUUAAAAUACAACAGAUAGAGUGAACUUGGAUGUGUCUGACUGCUGUGUGGUCCUAAAACCGAAAGGCACAAUAAGGUGUCAUUGAUAGAUAUGUUUAUAACAGAGAAUACAGUUAUAUGUUGUGAUUCAUGUUAUAACUUAUGAGAAUGCGUUUCAGUGCCUUCGGAUGCAAUAGCAAUUAUGCUUAGUUCAUUUUAGUUUCCACUCACUACAGACUAAACCAGCUGAGACUUAUAAACGUGCAGCACAGAUGAGGUGUGGAAACUGAGGAGGGCUAAUUUUCAUUCUGCUUCACUAUAUCUGGAAAUAGUUACGAUAGUACUGAGUGAACGGAACUGAGAAUGAAGUGAAGAAUGACUAAUGUAGUACGAAGACAGUCUAAAGGUAAGGAAGAAUUGUGGAAUCAGUAGUGCAGUCGAAUACCAGUUUCCCUUAAGCCUAUGAUUAACGAUUUGACUUAAAGUUCAAAAUGGCUCUGAGCGCUAUGGGACUUAACUUCUGAGGUCAUCAGUCCCCUAGAACUUAGAACUACUUAAACCUAACUAACCUAAGUACAUCACACACACCCAUGCCCGAGGCAGGAUUCGAACCUGCGCCCGUAGCGGUCGCUCGGUUCCAGACUGUAGCGCCUAGAACCGCUCGGCCACCCCGGCCGGCUUGACUUAAAGCAUAUGCCAGGAUAUUAAUGGACUGAGAUCCGCCUCGAUUGCGAAAAAACACCAAGUGUUUACCUAGGUUUCGGUGUAGAUAACUACACCUUCUUCAGAACAAUAAACUCAAAAGUGUCUAUAAAGACCUUUGUCAAUAAUUAAAAGCUCAGCAUAGCUAUAUAUUUAUAAAAGAAAAAGAUGACACAUAAAAGUACAUGUGAACAAAGUCAAAAGAAUAACUUAACUUAAUGGUGUACACUCCACCUCACAUCAGCAUGUGUUCGAUGGGCCGUGUCCCGUCGCAAACUGCCAGGAAUCACGUGGUUGUAAUGUUCUUUUAAACCACCCCCAUAAAAAUCACUGUUACUCUUCCAAUAUUUUACAGUAACGAUGAUUUGCACAAAAAAUAUAAACAUUUAUUUGCAAAGAAGUACGUCAUGUACACUGUUCUGAGCAACCAAGUAACGUCGAUCUGAUAGAAGUAUGUCCUACAUUUCUCGCUUUCUGAAUCUUCAGCUGUUCUUUGCGAGGCGUCCUGAGAAUAACAUCCAAAAUUAGAAAGACAAUUACUUUCGCUUGAACGCUUAAAGCAUUGCGACCACUGACUGAACUUGUGCGGCUUGUAACGUUAUGUGAGCCUCACCCCCUUUUCUUAACUAAUUUAUGUCUGAUUUUAUUCUGAGAAGCUCAAUAAUGUACGUAAAUACCGUAAAUGUAACUUUGAAAACUUCAAAAAGUAGUUGAAGUGAAGCGCAGCUGGACGGCAACAAACUCUUUACUAAGAAAAGUCAUUUUAUAGGCUCUCGCACAGUCCAUGGAAAUACAACAGAAUAUUGCAGCAAUCCCGUGAAAGUGUGCUAAGACACAAUAUUGACUGGCGUGUAAAACUUAAGGACUAAUGUAAUUUUUGUAUGAUGUGUGUCUGCCAAGUGACAUAAUUGGCUCUGAGCACUAUGGGACUUAACAUCUGUGGUCAUCAGUCCCCUAUAACUUAGAACUACUUAAA